AAUAAAAUGCAGUGCUGAUGAGCCAGAAGAGCUGCGCGACAGGAGCUGAGCGACCAGGCAUCAGGUCUGCUUUAUAAACACAUUUUUAGGACAAAAAUCGCGUUGCCUGUAUUUCAAAAUGCCUGAUUACACCGGCUACUGGAAAAUGAUCUCCAACAAUAACUUUGAGGAGUAUCUAAAAGCUCUUGAUGUUAAUGUUGCCAUCAGGAAAAUUGCCGUUUUAUUAAGACCUGACAAAGAUAUCAGCCAGAAUGGAGAUCACUUUGUCAUCAAGACUGUCAGCACAUUUAAGAACUACGACAUGGACUUUGUGGUUGGUCAGGAGUUUGAGGAAGACCUGGGUCCCGUUGAUGGCAGGAAAUGUAUGACUACCAUCACUUGGGAUGGAGACAAGCUUGUGUGUGUCCAGAAAGGCGAGGUUGAAGGCAGGGGCUGGACCCACUGGAUUGAAGGAGAUGAACUUCAUUUGGAACUGAGAGCAGGGGGAGUUGUGGGCAAACAGAUUUUCAAGAAGUCUUAAACCAAUGUUGUCUAUUGGUGCCCUCUGCUGGAGAAGAAAAAAACAACCACCAUAGUCAGAACUGUCUCUGUCCAUCCUCUCAUUCAUCAGUGUGUUUACAUUUUCUGGAAGUGCCUAAGCUAUUCCAGUGUGUUUAGUUGAUAUAACAGACACCUGUAAUACAUAUAUGUGAAUUGCAUGCUAGUAUGGUUGGUUUUAGUGCUGUAGUCACUAAGAUUAACCUCUUGAAAGAUUGAUUUCUGUACUUUCUCUAACAUCUGAGGGUCUUUCUGCCUGGAAGAGAGAUAUGGGGUCUUGACCCUCACAGCAAAUCAAAAUCGUUUCUUCUUUUCACUACUGUAAGAGGAUAAAUGUGGUGGGGGAUGAUGUGAUGAAGGUGGAAGUUCAGUUCCUGCCAUGCUGCAUCUAAUGGAGAUGUGUGUUCUGAAAAUGUACAAAUAUCAACUGAUUAAAUGAAGAAAGACUAACAGA